GCUCCUACCAGUCUGGCAGCGGGCCGACCACAGGCAGCAGCAGCGCUGGAGAUGCGCUCACACCUCUGACUCACAGUUCAUCCUCCAGUCAGGUAUUUCCGAGACCCUGGACGUGUCCAUUUCUCUUUCUUCUGUGGGGUUUCUGUUGUUGUUCUGCGUAAAAGACCGACGCGCGGACAGACAGACAGCGGCCAACAAAACAACAGGAGCGAGAAGAUUUAUAGUUGCGUAUCAGUUGCCCGCUCGGCAGUCCUGUCGUCUCACCUGCUCCGUCGGUGAAGAGGUCCGACUUGGUCAUCAUGCAUCCAGAGAAGAGCUUACCUGAACUGGUGGCCGAGAAGAACAGUUUGGACCCCUCCUUUGUGCAUGCGGUGCGCCUGCUUGCAGAAGAGAUUGAGAAGCAUGAAGCCGAUGAAUUGAGAAAAGAUGGAGACGUGAAGAAAUACCUAGAUAUUAUCAGCAAUAAAAACAUCAAGCUCUCCGAAAGAGUUCUCAUUCCCAUUCAACAGUAUCCGAAGUUUAACUUUGUCGGGAAGCUGCUGGGCCCACGGGGAAAUUCUAUGAAAAGAUUACAAGAGGAGACAGGGGUGAAGAUGUCCAUCCUUGGCAAAGGGUCCAUGAGGGAUAAAGGGAAGGAAGAAGAGUUAAGGAAAAGCGGAGAAGCCAAAUACGCCCAUUUGAGUAACGAUCUACACGUUUUAAUUGAAGUCUUUGCUCCACCAGGAGAGGCCUAUUCCCGCAUGAGUCAUGCCUUGGAGGAAAUCAAGAAAUUCCUUGUUCCAGAUUACAAUGACGAGAUCAGGCAGGAGCAGCUGAGAGAGUUAUCUCUCUUGAACGGCUCUGACGAGUCAAGCAGAGGGAGGAAUGGACAAGGCAGGAACCUGAGACCAGCCACCACAAUAUCCACAAGGGGCCACAGAGGUGCAGGAAGGAGUGCUGCAGCUCCUCGGGGGACAGCAGCAGUAACGCACAGCAAGCUUCCCACAACACUUUUGACAAGGGACGUACAAGCUCCAAGAGCCAGGGGGGCAGCGGCGAACGCUGGAUACAGACCCCCACUGUUAGCUGCUGUCACACAUAAAUCAUACGACGACUAUGUGUUUGAUGAUGGAUACGGUGAAGAAUAUGACGACGAAGGUUACGAGGCCUACGAUGAUAACUACAGCAGUCAGUCAAAGAGCGUCUCAGAAUACUAUGAAUAUGGACACAGUGAUGAAUCCUACAACAAUUAUGAGGAAGAGUGGACGACCACCCGACCGUGUCUCAAAGCCCCUGCUUUACGGCUGACACGAGGAGGCUUCAGAAAACAUCCAUAUGGCAGAUACUGAAGGUGCUCCAGAUAUGUGACCCACUUCUCCUUUUUUUUUUUCUCCAAAGAAAAAAAAAGUGUAACAUUUUCUUUUUUGCUCACCCACUUCAGAAAUGAAAAAGACAAAAGGCACCAAAACAAGAAAAAAGCAUUAGGCUGAUGUGCUAAUUUAUACACAACUGAACUGAUCAUCUUUUUAACUUACAAACAUACUCAUUAAUCUUCAGGGAAGUUAUUCUUAAACAUGGCUGUUUAAAUGAUCUCUAUUCCCCCCUUAAGCAGUAAUUCAGGACUGAUAAUAAAAUGCAGAUUUAUUCUUAGAGACUGUGUUUGUGGUUGUGACAGAUUGGGUUCCAUUUAUUGCCUUCAUAACAGUGAUCAUUGGGGUUCCCAAGCCAACUCCCAGUUCUUUUUAUCGGGCAAUUACUGAUUUAUAUAGUCGUUUAACAACUUAUUUGAAAUGUGUUGGUGGCUUUAGCGUCACUGCAGCACAUUGCUUCCUGUGAGUCAGCAUCACAGAACCCAUCACCAGAAAAAGAACAAAAAAAAAAGAGAUAAAAACUUAACAUUUUUUUCUUCACACAAUUCACUCAUUUUUGUUUGGGUUUAAUCUGUUUUAAGAGAAGUUUUCUUGGAUAACACAGUCAAUAGAAGUCUCUUUGGGAUUUGAGGCGAGUCAAGUUUCAUUAUAAAGCGCAGUUCAUACACAGUUAAAGUGCUUUACAACAUAUACAAGGAAUUUAGUAAUUUAUCAAGGGAAAUAUAGAAACUUAUCCUGUGUGUGAUGGACAAGAAUGAUAAAUGUGUGAAAAGACAGAAGCACAUGGGACAGCAGAGAAGUUGAACUAUUGAGCUACACACUGUACCCACUCUAUCAGUCUCCCUCCUGGGACUCAAAUUAAUUACAAAACCUUUAGCUAGAGUUGCAUUUCUUGCCUCUUUUUUUUCCAAUAUUGAGUUUAGUAAAAAUAAAUCAGACCAUUUUGUGGUUAAAGUACAUGUUAAAGACUAACACUGAUUGGCAGAGGUUUGGCUCCAUAAUGACUGAAUUUGUUACUUGCAAAUGCCGUUGCCAUGGUAACACGCCUUCAGACACCUCUAACACAAAUAACAUGGCAGACUUCAUUAAAUGCAACAAAUGGAAACCAAUCCUUGCAGAAAAAAAAAUCAGGUCUGAAUGUAAAUCAGCUAAAUUAAAAAAUGUUUAAUGUUAAGAAACCUCGAUCUUUCAAUGAGUAUCCUCAUCACUGACUGCUUCAUGGACAUGACUGAUAAGACGGAUAAAAAUGACCCUCGGUUACCUUGUUAUUUUAAAUAAGACAAAAUGAUAUGAGAUUGUGAUCAUGCAAUUUUUUUUUUUGGGUUGUUUUUGACUGAACACAGUCAACAG